AUGGGUGGGUUGUUUAGUAAAUCUAAGCCCGCAAGUCGAGUUACCGCCCAAGACAAAGCCGUUUUACAGUUAAAACAACAGAGAGAUAAAUUAAAGCAAUAUCAAAGGAAGGUUGAACAAACUCUAGAAAGAGAUAGACAACUGGCACGAUCUCUUCUUAAAGAAGGGAAAAAGGAUAGAGCUAGGUUAUUAUUGAGAAAGAAAAAGUAUCAAGAACAGUUGUUGGAGAAAACAGAUGGUCAGCUCGAAAACCUGGAAAAAUUAGUACACGAUAUUGAAUUUGCUCAAAUAGAAAUCCAAGUUCUAAAUGGUCUCAAGGUUGGCAAUGAGGCAUUGAAAGAGGUACAUAAAGUACUAAAUAUUGAAGAAGUAGAAAAGAUCAUGGAAGAGACCAGGGAGGGAGUUGAAAAACAGAGAGAAAUUGAUGAACUAUUAAGUGGAGCUUUAACCGAAGAGGAUGAGGAUGCUGUACUAAAUGAGUUGGACGAAAUAAUCAAAUCUACACUUCCUGAAGUGCCUCAAAAUACUCUUAAUGAUGUUCAAUUACCUGAAGUACCUGUUGAUGAACCUGUGAAGGAAAAGAAACCACAGAAAGUUGCAUUAGAAGCUUGAUAGUCUUUUUAUAUUGUUAUAUUAAAUGCUUUGUUGUAUUAAUGAUAUAGUUCCUUACAAGUCAUGUACUUUAGCUUUACAUUUAAUUUUAUUUUAUCUUAUCACAUUUUUAUUUAAAAUGAUUUUGUGAUCACAAAGAAGCUUCA